AUGUACCUAAUCACAGUAUUUGGAAACCUGCUCAUCAUCCUGGCCACCAUCUCUGACUCCCACCUCCACACCCCCAUGUACUUCUUCCUCUCCAACUUAUCCUUUGUAGAUAUCGGUUUCACCUCUACCACCAUCCCAAAGAUGCUAUGGAACAUCCACACCCAGAGCCAAGUUAUAACCUAUGAAGCCUGCAUCUUCCAGAUGCAUUUUUUUACACUCUUUAUAGAAUUGGACAUCUUCCUCCUGACCUUGAUGGCCUAUGACCGCUUCGUGGCCAUCUGUCACCCCCUGCACUACACGGUUCUCAUGAAUCCCCGGAUCUGCAGACUGAUGGUGCUGGUGUCCUGGAUCAUCAUUGUCUCCUUAUUUUAUUGUACAGGUUUAGGAGUGUACCUUAGCUCUGCUGCUACCCACAGCUUACACUCAAGUAUAACAGCCUCAGUGAUGUACACUGUGGUCACACCCAUGCUGAACCCCUUCAUCUACAGUCUGAGAAAUAAAGAUUUAAAGACGGGUCUGAAAAUGCUCUUUGGAAAGGAAAAUAUAAAAGUGUCUAUUGUCCUAGGGCUUGAGAAGUGCCUGUGA